ACACCGAAACCCGGAAGGAGUAACACCAUAAGAAGUCCCCCUUCUGAUCAGUUGUUCAGCUGUUAUGUAGUCGGUUAUGUGUCUCAUGUUGUGACUGGCCAUGGCAUCAUUGAAAUCAGCGCUGGCUUAUUCCACCAGGGUGCUAACGACACUGAAAAGACAGACUCAUGUGAUCUACAUCAAGAGGACUCUCCUCCUGACCAGACUGACUCCCUUCUUCAAACGUGCAGAAGGCAGGGUCAUCACCUUCGGACGACAGUCGAGCUCCACAGCAGCCGGAGCGGAGAGAGGAGAAGACUCCUUCCUCAAAUGGCUCCUGCUGCUCAUCCCUGCCACCACCUUUGGCCUUGGUACAUGGCAGGUGAAACGACGUGAGUGGAAGUUGCAGCUGAUCAAUGAGCUGACAAGACUCACUACUGCAGAACCCAUUCCUCUUCCUCUUGAUCCUCAUGAGCUGAACAGCCUCGAGUACAGAAGGGUGAAAGUGCGUGGACAGUACGACCACUCACAGGAGCUGUACAUCCUGCCCCGCUCGCCGGUCGACCCAGAGAAAGAGGCCAGAGAGGCCGGCAGGCUGUCCUCAAGCGGGGAGACCGGCGCAAACGUCAUCACUCCAUUCCGCUGCACUGACCUCGGCAUCACCAUCCUGGUGAACAGAGGAUACGUCCCGAGGCAGAGGAUAAGACCAGAGACGAGGGUGAAGGGACAGGUGGAGGGUGAAGUGGAGCUGGUUGGGGUCGUUAGGCUCACAGAGAUCCGCAAACCCUUCAUACCGAACAAUGAUGUGGAGAGAAACCGCUGGCAUUACCGGGACCUGGAGGCCAUGGGCGGUGUCACUGGAGCUGAGCCCAUCUUCAUCGAUGCAGACUUUGGGAGCACAAUCCCUGGUGGACCAAUAGGUGGACAGACCAGAGUCACACUGAGGAACGAACACAUGCAGUACAUAACAACAUGGUAUGGCUUGUGUGCAGCAACCUCCUACAUGUGGUAUGCAAAGUUCAUCAAGAAGAUUAAAUUGUGAUGUGAUUAAAUGCAGUGAACUUAUUGUAUUACUUUGAAAAAUACUGCAAAGUAAACUUCUGAUGUACUUGAUGUGCGCUGUAUCAGCUCCAGCCUGCGGCAUAGAGUCACAGACCUAAAGUAUGUAAAUAGUUGUGGAUUAUUAUUCUCCUGAAACAUGUAUGAGAGAAUAAAAUUAUGGAAAUUCA